CCCAGACGCACCUUUCUUGAGAAAACACACACAACCACCUCAUGCUAAAGCAAUUCCAACUUUCUAAUACUAUUGCGUGGAACUCAUUAUUCCACAUAUUCCAAUCCCUAUAACCCAAUAGCUAGCCAGCUAGCUAGCUCAUGUCAUCGAUUUUCAUUCUUCACCCUUACCUUUCAACCAGUUAGUUAUUCUAUUCAUGGAAAGAAGAAAAACCAGAGGAAGCAUCGAUGAACUGGCAAUAGUGAAAGCAGCUGCAUGGGCUUGGUAUCAACGUGGAUCCGGCUCCGAGGCCCGAUCCAUGAGAGAGUAUGAUCUCACAAGGCCGAGCAGAGCUCCCAAACCGUCCCGGUACAAGCUUGAAGCCAUGGCCAUGGAGGGGUCAACGUCAACCUCACCAAGUCCCUGCCAUAGUACUGGUGAUACUUCUCUUUUUGACAUGUACGAAAAAGAAAGGAUUUCAAAGCAGUUAGAUGAUUAUAUAAAGGCAAGUCAUAUUCAAUAUUAUGGAGGAUUUCACGGCGGUGGAGAUCGGAGCAUUGUCUCGGUGUCGGAAAGCGGUGUGAAGAGGAAGGAGAAGAAGAAGAAGAAGAAAAGAAAAGGGUUUUGGCUAAUGCAAGCGGUGACGUGUGGCUCAAGGGAUGAUGUGGUCGACAGUAUAGGUUUUGGGGGAGGGGGUCUGCGGUCGCCGGAAAAGCAGGUACCAGUGGUUAGGGUGGCCAACUACCGCCCACGGACCACCCAUGCCUAGUGAAUUUGUCAUUUUGGGUAUGGGUAUUGGUCGUUGGCUAUGUAAUAAAUUUGCCUCUCUGCCCAGUGGAUGUCAUUUAUUGUCUUCCAUUGUUCCAUUGAUGGGAAGCAAUUCUUUGGAAGAUCUAAAUUAAGGGGGGUGCAAGUUGGGCAAAACUGGUCAUGUGAAUUUCCUCUUUUAAUUCAUCUUUUGCCCCAUCAGAUAUAUAUA